AUGACUUGCAAUGGCAAUCAAAUAGACAAAGAGGCCAUCUACAGCAUCUGCCAAAAGAAUCUGGGAGUCCAAUUACACAAGUUCACCAACCUCAACAGGCUUACCGCCCAGGUGGUCUCCUUGAUCACUGCCUCCUUACAAUUUGAUGGAAGUUUGAACGUCAAUCUCAACAAGUUCCAAACCAGCUUGGUCCCCUUCCCCCUGGACACCUACGUGCCCAUCAUCUCUGCCGAGAAGGCUUUCCAUGAUUCUAACAGUGUUUCCAAGAUGACAGAUGCCAGACAGCCGGCAGCGCAAGAAGACGGUCCUCUCCGCCUGCGCCAUCGAUUUCAAGAACAAAUUUUCCCCUACCACAUAUUCCUUCACCAAUCCAUACUAGCUCAAAAUCACCCGUGCAAUCCUUGUCGCUCACCCAAAAAGGGCCUGAGCAGUUGGCCUCCAAACAGGUCGAUUGACAUCAGACUCGAUGUGGUUCUCUCACCGCCACCCUGUGAUGAUUUCUUCAUCUGGCCAGAUGAUCACCAGACUCAAGUUGAUCAUCAGAAUCAAGCUCCCAACCCAGGCAGCCCUUGCUCCUCACUCAUGUCUCUCAACUCUGACCUCCCAAGGCCAAGCAUGGUUCAGUCAUGCAACACUAGUCCAACGGCCACUCACUCACUCGAAGUGCCUACCAAAAACAUCACCAAGCUCGAAAUUCCUCAUACUGUUGCAGGUGACCCUGCAACCCCUAGAAGUCUCCGCUCAGAACUCAGGGAGCUUGCAGGAGAAGCAGUGGAGAGUGAGGGGAUGAGGAUGGAACUUGAAGUUGAUGAGCUGGAUGAGGCCAAUCACAAUAUUGCUGCCCACCUUGAUGAUCAACCGUGGUCUCCAGUGAAAUCAAAGGGGAGCUCUUCAACAGGGCCCAACCAUGCUGGUCUCAAGAUCAACACCCAAUCUUUAAGCAAGGAUAUUGACAUGCUGAACUUUUCCAAUGAUUAUGAAGGCUAUCAUGAGACGGCCCAUGAUGGGGAGAGACUUGAGGCAAAGGAUGAGAUGUUUGAGUGUGAGCUGGACGGUCUCGAGUCUAGCUGGCGGAAGAACAAUGGGCCAAGAGAAGAAAAAGCAGACCGAGUCUGCUGA